AUGGCAAGCUUGUGCUUUUUCUUCCUGGGCGAGCUGACUUGCCAGCUUAAGGGAAUUGGGGUUGGUUGCAGUAGGUGGACGGCAGCUGCAAAGGCAGAUGAAUGUGUGAAAAAUUCAAACUAUUGUCUCCCAUCAUAUACUGCUUAUAAGAAUUACGAUUAUUCAGAGCCAGGAAGACACAAUGAGCAGCCAGGCCUGUGUGGCCUGAGUAACUUGGGGAAUACAUGUUUCAUGAAUUCAGCUAUUCAGUGUCUGAGCAACACGCCUCCUCUUACAGAAUACUUCCUUAAUGAUAAAUACCAAGAAGAGCUGAAUUUUGACAAUCCUUUAGGAAUGCGAGGUGAAAUAGCAAAAUCUUAUGCAGAGCUUAUCAAGCAAAUGUGGUCAGGAAAAUACAGCUAUGUUACCCCAAGAGCAUUUAAGACACAGGUGGGACGAUUUGCACCACAAUUUUCUGGUUAUCAGCAACAAGAUUGUCAAGAGCUACUGGCUUUCCUCUUGGAUGGGUUACAUGAGGAUUUGAAUCGCAUUAGGAAAAAGCCUUACAUUCAGUUAAAGGAUGCAGAUGGUAGACCAGACAAGGUGGUUGCUGAAGAAGCCUGGGAAAACCAUUUAAAAAGAAAUGAUUCCAUCAUUGUAGAUAUAUUUCAUGGCCUUUUUAAAUCCACCCUAGUUUGUCCUGAAUGUGCUAAGAUAUCUGUAACCUUUGAUCCCUUUUGUUACUUGACACUUCCAUUACCCAUGAAAAAAGAACGCACUUUGGAAGUUUAUUUAGUUAGAAUGGAUCCACUUGCAAAACCUACACAGUACAAAGUGGUUGUUCCCAAAAUUGGAAAUAUAUUGGAUCUUUGCACAGCGUUGUCGGCUUUGUCUGGUGUUGCUGCAGAUAAGAUGAUUGUUACUGAUAUAUACAAUCACAGGUUCCACAGGAUAUUUGGCAUGGAUGAAAAUCUAAGUAGUAUUAUGGAACGUGAUGACAUUUAUGUAUUUGAAAUUGCUAUCAAUAGAACCGAAGACACAGAACAAGUUAUAAUUCCUGUUUGUUUAAGGGAAAAGUGCAGGCACACUAGCUACAGCCAUAGUGGUUCUUCACUGUUUGGUCAACCUUUUCUCAUAGCAGUGCCUAGAAACAAUACUGAAGAUAAACUCUAUAACCUGCUGCUGCUAAGAAUGUGCCGAUACGUAAAAACAUGUACUGAAAGUGAAGACACUGAAGGAUCCCUACAUUGCUGUAAGGACCAUGGUAUCAAUGGUAAUGGCCCAAAUGGAAUACAUGAAGAAGGAUCUCCAAGUGAAAUGGAAACAGAUGAACAAGAUGAUGAAUCUAGCCAGGAUCAGGAACUUCCUUCAGAGAACGAAAACAGCCAGUCAGAAGACUCAGUUGGAGGUGACAAUGACUCUGAAAAUGGAUUAUGUACUGAGGAUACUUGCAAAGGUCAACCACUCACGGGACACAAAAAGCGAUUGUUUACAUUCCAGUUCAAUAAUUUAGGCAAUACUGACAUAAACUACAUCAAAGAUGAUACCAGGCAUAUUAGAUUUGAUGACAGGCAACCUAGGCUUGAUGAAAGAUCUUUCCUUGCUUUGGAUUGGGAUCCUGAAUUGAAGAAGAGAUAUUUUGAUGAUAGUGCAGCAGAGGAUUUUGAAAAACAUGAAAGUGUGGAAUAUAAGCCUCCCAAAAAGCCUUUUGUGAAAUUAAAAGAUUGCAUUGAGCUGUUCACAACAAAGGAAAAACUAGGUGCUGAAGACCCAUGGUAUUGUCCAAACUGUAAAGAACAUCAGCAGGCUACCAAGAAGUUAGACUUGUGGUCAUUGCCCCCCGUACUGGUAGUUCAUCUAAAGCGCUUUUCCUACAGCAGAUAUAUGAGGGACAAGUUGGAUACAUUGGUUGACUUUCCAAUAAACGACUUGGACAUGUCAGAGUUCCUUAUUAAUCCCAAUGCAGGGCCUUGCCGCUACAACUUGAUUGCUGUCUCCAACCACUAUGGAGGAAUGGGAGGAGGGCAUUAUACUGCGUUUGCAAAAAAUAAGGAUGAUGGAAAAUGGUACUACUUUGAUGACAGUAGUGUGUCCACUGCAUGUGAGGACCAAAUAGUGUCCAAAGCAGCAUAUGUGCUUUUCUACCAGAGACAGGACACAAUCAGUGGAACUGGCUUUUUCCCUCUUGACCGGGAAACUAAACAAGGUGCUUCAGCUGCCACAGGCAUCCCGCUAGAAAGUGAUGAAGACAGCAAUGAAAAUGAUAAUGAUAUUGAAAAUGAAAAUUGUAUGCACACUAACUAAUGGAAGAACUAGAAGCCAUAAAAGAGACUUUCUUACUGGGGAUACCUAUUGAAAGAGUGAAAUUGCCCACCAAAUUAAGAAUAAAAGUCUGAGAUGGGGAAUUUCGGAUAACAGAAUGUAAAUCUUUAUUGCAUUUUAACAUGUGCAGUACUUGAAGUGAAACAAUAAAAACUUAAACAGAAA